AUGACUUAUCUCGAUGAGGAAGCCAGCGCUGUCGAUGGAUUCCAAGUGAUCAACACAUCCUUUCGAACGGUGCGAGAAGAAGAGAAAAGGCAAACGAACACCCUGAAACGCCAUGUGUACACUAAGUACUGGAAUCCGCUAAUGACAACCAACCAACCCCCGCGCGCUAGUCUCGAUAAGGGCCUUGUCAUUCCCGUUUUGAAGACACCAAAGGCUGUCGUGGAAAAGGUGUGGAACUUGCUGGGCGUCUCACCUCAGGAUUGGCCAGUUGAUGGACAGCUCCUCAUGCCGGCACGCAUUGUCGAGGAAUGCCGGAGUGUUGAUCGAACCGCGAGCGAGUGGUUGCCGCUGCCUCACCGCCUCCUGAGCCAAGUCGUCUACAAGUAG